CGGAAAUGGACCAUCUGGCUGGUGCGGCUGCGCCCGGCUGCGCGGACUGAGGAGAGCAGGUGAGACCUGGUGGGGCCCUGCUCGCAAUCCAUCACCAUCCUUCGUCUCGUACGUUCCCACAGACCUAGUGGGGGACCCUAUGCAGCAGCACAUGAGAUGAGCAAAACCACACAGCCUAUAGGAGGACCCCCUACAGCCCCUUCCCCUGGACUCCCACAGUCAGCAUUCCCCUCUGCACCCACGGCCCCUGUGGUGUUUGGGCCUCCACAAACUCCACAAAUGAAUACACAGUCUCAACCUCGACAGCAUUAUUAUCCAAGCAGGACACAACCUCCGAGCACCGCUACUAGAGUUCAGACUGGAUCUACAGCUCGUCCAGUGCCUCCUGCCCAUGUGUACCCCGCUGGUUCCCAGGUGAUGAUGAUACCCUCCCAAUUGUCCUACGCCUCCCAGGGCUACUAUAUUCAAGGACAGGGUCGUUCUUAUGUGAUGCCCACACAACAGUACCCUGUACAACCAGGUGCCCCAGGAUUCUUUCCUAGUGCCAGCCCCACAGAGUUCGGCACUUACGCUGGUGCAUAUUACCCGGCUCAGCAGCAGUUUCCUCCCGGGGUGCCAGGAGCUCAAGUGAUGAUUAAUCAACAACAAGCGAUUCCUCCAAAGAGAGAGCGAAAGACGAUAAGGAUUCGAGAUCCCAACCAAGGAGGAAAGGACGUCACAGAUGAAAUUUUGUCAGGAGGACGGACUUCAUCGACACCCACGCCUCCACAGUCUGUAGGCUCUGAAGUGCAGGCGAAUGGAGAGAGUGUCCAUGUGCCUAUUGUAGUACGCCCAGAUGAUGGCUCAAAGCCCACCCAAGUGCUGACCAGAUCAUCAGAUAGUCCCUCACCCUCUCCUCCUGCAGAAGCAAGUUUGAACAUGGCAGUUGUUUGUGAGCAAGACUUGACACUUGUUAACACUACACCUGAGCUGUCUGUACCUUUGCCAGGGACUCUUAAUUCACAGGAAGUGCCCUUGCUAGAAAACCCGUCAACUCAGGUAUCCAUGCUGCCAGAGGCUCCUACAGCUAUUCAGGAGGACCCAGAUUCUGCUGAAGAAAGCAUUGCAGACAUAACUGUUACAGAAAUGGAGCCUGUCUCUGAAGCUCCAAUCAUUCAACCUCAGCCGGAGCUUUUAAUCCCUCCCCAGACUGCUGUGUCUGAUUUACAGGAAUCUCCUUUACCACAGGAGGAAUCGUUUUCCGUUUCAGAGGUAGACUUUCCCUCACAGGCUCCUCCAUCCCAAAGUUCAGCAGAGCCUAGUUCUGUAGAAGCAAAUGAACCUGAUACAGAAGCUACACAAGAGCAAAGUCCUCUGGAGAGUUUGCCCUCUGAAGAUCCUCAACCUAGUAAUGGCCUCCCUGAAGAAGUGACUGUGCCACCCGCAGAGCCAGAGCCAUCUGAAGUUUGCCAUUCUGUGCCCUCCUUGGAUUCUCCAAUUGCUCAACCAGAGGAGCUUCUAACAAAUGGAGAGGAAUCUUCUGACCCACAGGAACCUGAGGUGCAGGACACACACGAGUCUCAUGUUAGCCCGAUCACAGAGCCAGAAGAGAAGCCAGUUGAUCCUACACCAGAAGUUGAGGAUGUUCGAAAGGAACCCCCUCCUGAGCCAGAGCCAGUUGCUUCACAGACUGCAAAGCCAGCAGAUGUUCCUGUGGCAGUUGCCGUAUCUGCACCAAAGAAGAGGAGGAAAAUGAAGGAUUUAAACAGGAAAGAUAUAGGCGGAGAUCUGUUGGAUGCAUUUAAGGAGCAGACUGAUGGUACUACUGAUGCCACGGAGCCGCCUGCUAACCCACCUGCUGCUGCUCCUGAAGUUGAGCAGACCCCCAGUGUCCCUGUAGAGGAGCAGGAUGAGACAUGGGAAGAGAAAGAGGACAAGCUGGAUGCUGAAAAUAUAAAGCCAGGAGAUCUUAAGUACAAAUACAAACAGGAACAGUGGAAACCUCUAAGUCCUGAGGAAAAGAAAAGUUAUGACCGUGAAUUCUUACUUGGCUUCCAGUUUAUAGUGGCAAGCAUGCAAAAACCAGAGGGUCUCCCUCAGAUUACUGAUGUAGUGUUAGACAAGGCCAACAAAGCUCCCCUCAGACCGUUAGAUCCCGCAAGAUUAACUAGUAUGAACUGUGGGCCAGACUUUACACCAUCAUUUGCCAAUUUAGGCCGACCUACUAUGGGAAACCGUGGUCCAGUAAGUAUCUUUAAAAAAAAUAAAAAUACUGUAAAAUUCCUGAAAUUUAUCUUUAUUUGUGUUUACACUGUUUGUUGCUGUUUGCAGCCAGCAAAUCUUGGUCCUCGACGGUCUCAACAGGGACCCAGGAAAGAGCCACGCAAAAUCAUUGCAGCAGUGUCAUUAAAUGAAAACGUACAGUUAAACAAAGCAGAGAAGGCCUGGAAGCCGACCAACAAGCGAGCCAGCGAAGAAGAGGAACCAGAAAAUAUUAAGACCCAGGAAUUGUUCCGCAGAGUGCGCAGUAUCCUCAACAAGCUGACCCCACAGAUGUUCCAACAGCUGAUGAAGCAAGUCCAGGACUUGCCCAUUGACUCAGAGGAUAGACUGAAGGGUGUUAUUGACCUAAUAUUUGAAAAGGCCAUUUCUGAGCCAAAUUUCUCUGUUGCAUAUGCCAAUAUGUGCCGCUGCCUUAUGGGGCUUAAGGUCCCAACUACAGACAAGCCGGGAGUGACUGUCAAUUUCCGCAAGCUGCUACUGAACCGCUGCCAGAAGGAAUUUGAGAAGGACAAAGAUGAUGAUGAGGUGUUUGAAAGGAAACAGAAAGAGAUGGAUGCUGCUACAACGCCAGAGGAAAAGACACGACUUAAUGACGCGUUGGUAGAAGCCAGGGAUAGUGCUAGGCGCAGAUCCCUUGGUAAUAUUAAAUUUAUUGGUGAGCUUUUCAAGUUGAAAAUGUUGACCGAAGCCAUUAUGCACGAUUGUGUAGUAAAGUUACUAAAGAACCACGAUGAGGAGUCUUUGGAGUGUCUAUGUCGGUUGUUGUCCACAAUUGGGAAGGACUUGGACUUUGAAAGGGCCAAGCCUCGCAUGGAUCAGUAUUUUAACCAAAUGGAUAAAAUUAUUAAAGAAAGGAAAACAUCUUCUCGUAUCCGCUUCAUGAUUCUAGAUGUAAUAGAUCUGCGAUUGUGUAACUGGGUACCUCGUCGUGCAGAUCAGGGCCCAAAGACUAUAGAUCAGAUCCAUAAAGAUGCAGAGCUGGAAAAGCAACGCGAGCAGGUGAAGGUACAGCAUCUAAUGUCUAAACAAGACAACAAGAGACGAGAGCCACCAGGACGCCCUGCGGGUGGACGUGGCGGUCAGACAAAUGAUGAUGGCUGGAAUACUGUGCCCAUUAGUAAAGGAAGCCGUCCUAUUGACACAAGUCGAAUCAGCAAGAUAACAAAGCUUGGUGCAAUAGAUUCUAACCAGUUGCUGGCACCUGGAGGCCGGUUGAGUUGGGGUAAAGGGAGCAGUGGAGGAACUGGAGCAAAGCCUGCUGUUGAAUCCGCACCAGAAUCUGGCCGGCCAGCAACCAGCACGCUUAAUAGGUUCUCUGCCCUGCAGCAGUCUGCCUCUGCAGAGAGUCAGGAUGCUAGACGAACGGUGCAGAGAGGAAGUUCAAGCCGUGACCGCUCUGAGAGAGACAGGGGAGGAGAGAGAUUUGACAGAGGCGAAAGGUUUGACAAAGGGGACCUUUUUGAACGUUCUGGCCGCCCCGAUCGGGCAAGGACUGUGCUGACCAAGAGGAGCUACAGCAAGGAGACAGAUGACCACAGCAGAGAACGAGAGAGACAGAUUCCACAGGAAGCAGUGAGGAAAGUAGCAAGUAUGACUGAGCCAAGAGACCGCAGCAAAGACAACAUUAAGCGUGAACCCCCAACAGCUGCUGCUGCCCCGGUUGCACCCUCUAAACCUGCCAUGUCAGAGGAAGAAUUAGAAAGAAAAUCCAAAUCUAUCAUAGAGGAAUAUCUACAUAUUAAUGAUAUGAAGGAGGCACUUCAGUGUGUGCAGGAGCUUAACUGCGGGUCACUGCUGUUCAUCUUUGUACGAAACGUUAUUGAAUCCACAUUAGAGAGGAGCACCAUUGCCCGGGAACACACGGGUCUUCUUCUGUACUCACUGGUGAAGAAUGGCACACUACCUAAGGAACAGUAUUACAAGGGAGUCCUAGAAGUACUUGAAGUAGCUGAAGAUAUGGAGAUUGACAUUCCACAUAUCUGGCUAUAUUUAGCUGAACUUAUUAGUCCAGUCUUAACAGAGGAAGGAAUUCCCAUGGGAGAGUUGUUCAGAGAGUUGACGAAACCUCUGACUCCCGUUGGGAAGGCUGGUAUACUGUUAGCGGAAAUUCUAGGUUUGCAAUGUAAAGACAUGUCUCACAAGAAAGCAGGUGCUCUUUGGCAAGAAUCUGGACUGAGCUGGAAAGAGUUCUUGUCUAAGGAUCAGGAUAUGAACAAGUUUAUCAGUGACAACAAACUUGAGUACACACUGGGCGAUGAGUCUGAGACGCCCAGUAAGACAGACCUCUCCCCAGCCGAGCUGGACAAAAUGCUCACUAAGCUUUUGAAAGAGAACUGUAGUAACCAGAAGAUAUUUGAUUGUAUUGAAGGCAUCUUGACUGACCAGCAGCUGUCGUCUAAUCAGUUUGUCAGAACUCUCAUGAACUGUGUGUGCAACGCUGCCAUUAUCUUGGAGAAUCCUUGCCGAGUUGAUGUUAAUGUGAUCAAGAACAGAGCUAAGCUGCUUGCAAAAUACCUGAAUAACGAAACAAAGGAACUACAGGCUCUGUAUGCUUUGCAGGCCCUUGUUGUGAAACUUGAUCAGCCCCCAAAUCUGUUAAGAAUGUUCUUUGAUGCGCUAUAUGAUGAAGAUGUGAUUAAGGAAGAACCAUUUUACAAGUGGGAAUCUAGCAAGGACCCAGCAGAGCAGCAAGGAAAAGGUGUCGCCCUGAAAUCGGUCACCGCCUUCUUUACAUGGUUGCGGGAAGCAGAGGAGGAAUCUGAUACUGAUCACAAGGACUAGAAAUUCGCCUUUUAUGCUUGCUCUUGUUUUCUUUGGGGCUUCCAGUUUUUGUUUUUUCUUUUCAUUAUUUUUUUUUCUUCUUCCCCUGCAGACUUUUUAACAAAGAAACACAUGAAUCCCAAUGAUUUUGCAUUUGUGAGAAUGUAUUGACUCUUGCUGAAUGAUGAAGCCUGACAAAGGGUGGGAGGUAGCCUGGCACAAGAAAAUUGAAAGUCAAAAUGCCUAGUAUAGGCAGUUGCUAGAAAAAAGCCUUGGCACAUGUGCAGGUGGCAGUGGUUGUUGGAUGUUUUUUCCCCCCUUCCCCUGAUUAAUGCAACAGUCUCUUGAGGUUUCACUUCAUAAGAGAACUUAAGGUAUUUUGGGACUGCUGAAAGAAGGGUGGAAAGCUGUGUCCCACUUUCUUUUCCUCAUCACAAAAGUGGAACACACACAGACCUUUCACUUGUGCAGACUUUUGGGUUUUUUGUUCCCCCCCCAAAGAGCAGUUGGAGCCUAUAUGCUUCAGUGGGACGGAGCACUUGAGCUUCUCUAUUGCUCUUUAUGGCUGAAAUAUAGAUAUAUAAAUAAAUAUAUAUAUAAAUAUAUAUAAUUAUUACAAAUUGUUUUUGGUUUGAAGAUGGCAGCAAGCCAUUUUUGAAUCGUGUGUUUUUGCUCUCCGGCGCAUACCUGGAGUUCAAGACACUGUCUGAAUAUUUUUUUUUUUUUUUUUUUUUUAAACUAAAACAAUGAACUUCUAAUCUGUAAUAAUUCAUGUUGUUGGAUGCUCUGCCAGCAACUGGAUCUUUCCCCCCUUUUUUUUUUUGUUUUUGUUUUUUUCACAGAUCUCCCUUCUCAGCGGAGUAGAGAAUUUUAUUUCUAUUCAGAUCACCAUGUGUUGGAAAGAGGCAUCUCUCAACCCUAGCAAAUUCUGUAUUUAUAGAGAAAGCAAAGCCUUUUUGGUUAUUUGUCCUUCCAAAAUGUUUUGGAGGUUCUUGUAAUUAUUAAACCAAGUAAGAAUGAAAUUUGUAAAUACUUUUUGCUUUCUUUAUUAAGUAUUUAAUGAUUCUGGCAUACAAAGUUUCCCCAAAACCUCUUUUCACAGAAACUGGAAAUAAAUGAGAACCUUAA